AAGUACUCAAAUUUAUUCAUCUAGUGCUCUAUGAGGUAUUUUAUCACAAUGUCAGUUUCGGAAUCUAGAAAAAUCAGUAUCUCGCAACACAUCGGCAGAAUGAAUUCAGAUAUAGAUCUAAGCUCUGAGGAGUACCAAGAACCCUGCAACACACUCUCAACGGAGUUCACAACCAUUGAGGAUGCGCCUCUAACCACCUCAACCCCGAUCCGCACUACAGGUGUGAUCGGUGUGCUUCCCCGUGUUUCAGUGGCCAUUGACUCGCCAUUUUUAUGUCGCAUACCACGAUCUCUAGCUCACAUCAAGGGUCGGCAAGGUGCACCUUCGCACCCUUUCAGUGGCUACGCCUCUCCGUUUUUUCCUCGCAUACCCAGAAAAUUUGAACACAUCAAGGGACGACCAGGUAUAAGAAUGACCCGAGGUUUUUAUCAGAACACAAGUGAUACUACCAAAACAGUUGGCCAUGAGCACAUGUUUGAAGCUGAAGUGAUAGACGAGGAAGUUUUUGGAUCAGCCGUGGAAGCCCUUGGGUCGGCAGUUGGAGUCCUUGGAACAACUAUGACAUUCCUUGGAUCAGCUACUGGUUCGGAGGAGCAGCAGGUGGUAGAGCCACAAGCCGAGCCGGAGGCGGAGAACACGGCAGAUAAAAAAGGCAGAUACCUGUGUUCUAUAUCAUAAGUUAAACCAAAUAUCUGUUAAAGAAGACACGAAACUGUUGCUGCUGUUGCUUAUAAUACCACAUAGUGGGCUACAAAAACCUGACAUUGACUUAAAGAACAAACGGAACAGUUGCUGCUGUUGAUCAUAAUACCACAUAAUGUACUUUAAAAUCCUGACAUUAACUUUGGCGCUGCAGUCAUUAAAUAAAAUAUUAUA